AUGUUCUCCCUCCGCUCCGUCUUCGGUGCCUCCUCCGGGGCUCUCCGCCAAUUCCUCCCCUCUGUGACUACCCGGACCGCUUCAUUACGGCCUUUCUCGCACAUGAUUCGCAACAGCCUAACGAGGCUCCGUGCACAAGCAAAUUCCGGCAAUGCUGUGGCUGUGGCAAAUGGAUCUGCUAGACAGGUGGAGCAGGUUCGGGGAAUGAAGACUCGGUCUUCUGUGAAGAGACUGUGCGAUGGCUGCAAGCCCGUUCACCGCAAAGGCCGUGUCUACAUCAUCUGCUCGAAGAACCCCAAGCACAAGCAACGGCAGGGGAAAUAG